AGCGCUCCGGGGAUAGGCUGCGCGGGGGAGCGGGAGCGGGGGGCCGGCGGCAUCACGUGGCUCCCGCUCCCGCCGCCGCCGUCUUUCUCUGUCUCCUGGCCUGCGGUAGCCAUCUUGCUCUUCCCGCGUGCCGCUGUUGGAGGACCUUUCCUGCUCCAGAUUCACCAAGAGUAUGAAUCAAGAAAAGUUAGCCAAACUUCAGGCUCAGGUCCGGAUAGGGGGCAAGGGUACAGCUCGCAGAAAGAAGAAGGUGGUACAUAGAACAGCUACAGCUGAUGACAAAAAACUUCAGAGUUCUCUAAAAAAGCUGGCUGUGAAUAACAUAGCUGGUAUUGAAGAGGUGAACAUGAUUAAAGAUGAUGGGACAGUUAUUCAUUUCAAUAAUCCCAAAGUCCAAGCUUCCCUUUCUGCUAACACCUUUGCAAUUACUGGUCACGCAGAAGCCAAACCAAUCACAGAAAUGCUGCCUGGGAUAUUAAGUCAGCUUGGUGCUGAUAGUUUAACGAGUCUUAGGAAGUUAGCUGAACAGUUCCCGCGGCAAGUGUUGGAUAGCAAAGCACCAAAACCAGAAGACAUUGAUGAAGAGGAUGAUGAUGUUCCAGAUCUUGUAGAAAAUUUUGAUGAGGCAUCAAAGAAUGAAGCAAACUAAACUCUUUUCUGGUUUUUGGAAGCUGACAUGGACUAGAUUUAACAAAUCAGCUAUGUGGUUCCAAAGUUUUACAGACACGGAGAACAUCAACUGUUACUAGUUCAGUAAUAUAAAUAUUUUGUAUAUUAAUAAUGCUGUUUGUUCAGCAUUUUUGGUCAUUUUAUUUUUGCAUUUUGCACUUCCUCCCAGGAUCUAUUCUUUUGGUCAAAAUGUAUUGGUGCAGUUGAGGGUGUUUUGAUUUUUGAUUCUUGGUUUUUUGUUUUGUUUUUUGUUGGGAUAUUUUUGAUGUGUGUAUGUGUAUGUAUGCGUGUGGGUAUGUAUGUAAACAGUGGAGAACAAAUUGGAAAACAGUUCUAUUUAUCCUCCUCCUUCCCCCCAGUAGAAAUAAAACAAAUCUUUACAUUUGUUAUUUUAUUAUUUUUUUCUAAUAAUGCACAGAAUUAAUGAAAAGUGUGUAGCUUAGAUUUUUUUAAUCUGAGAUUUCACCUUGGGAAGUUUGGUUUUAAUUUGCUUGGUUAACGUUUUUCUUACAGUUCUCUGGGUUUUAAACGUUUUGAGCUAUUUUGCUGUCAGCCUCACGGUGGUGUAAAAGGUAGUGUAUCUUUGGUGUGGUUGCCAUAGAUUCACUUUGACUGACAGACCCAGAAGAAUUUCUUUUGCUAGCUUUCUUCUGAAUGCCUUUCCCCCACUCUCCUUUUGGUCUCCAAAUGGCCUGGUCAACCUUUGGUAAUACUCUUCCUCAUCUUCCGCCUCGCCUGAGUAGGGUAUUCUCCAAAUAGAGUUACGUGAGUGCCUAAUCCCUCAUUUAGUAAGACUUUGUUCCUUCAUCUUGAGGAACAAUAGCUCUAUCUCCAACUUUUUAUUUCUUCUCGAUUUUAUAGUUUGGCAGAUUUCAAACUGGAAUUGCGAGCAUGUGCUUGCUAAAUAAUCUUAUGCUAGCCUUUUUCAGCAUUCUAGUUUAUACCUACUAACAUAGCAAGUACAAAAAUGCCUCUUUUUGUUUUGUUUUGUUUUAUUUUGUUUUCCAGCAAGUUCGAGAUUGGGGAUGUCUUUUUUUAAUCAGAAAAAAUCAGCCAUAGAAUUCAUCCCCCCAGUACAGUUGGGCAUUCUGUGAAAUGAAAUGGUACUGGCCCCAGGAAGAUUUCUUCAGUCCUUUCCUAUUCUUGGCCUUGAACCUACCUCUGGGUUGGAUCUUAAUAUUGUAGCUGCUCAUAGCAUCCUCCUGCAUGCUUAGAGUAAUGCGCGGGGUGGGGGGCGGGGAGACACUGGUCAAACACAGUAUUUUUUACCUCCUCUUGGAGAGCUUUGGAGGUAAGUUCCAUUCCUUCAUUCAAGUGUCCCUCUUGCUGUCUAAUGAAAAAAGCUUGUAUUUUGCUAUCAGCAUUUGUUGUAGCCAAUAUUUAAGAGUAAGAUUUAGAGAAAAUAUUAUUUCCUGGCCUGUCAUCUAACUAUGGCUUAAACUUGCUGCAUAUCAACUUCUUUCAAUCUAGAUAUCUUUGAUAUCCAAAGUGCAAGACCACCAACAUAUCAUGAAGUUUAUAAACACAAAGGCAAAGCUCUUGUGUUAUUUUUUUUUUCAUCUAGACAUAUCAGUUUAUAAAUUUGUUCAUUUUUCCUGUUAUGUUUUAUAUAAUAUAUGGACUUAAUUACAAAAUAAAAUGCAGUAAUAAAAUAACAGUACAAAAAGAGGAUAAUAUUUCCUCUUCUGCUUCUAUUAUUGUCUACAGAAUUACUUCUUUUGUAUUUACCCUGUACUCCCAACCUCCAAAUGAAUAUCAGCCUGGUCAUUAUUAGAAAUAAUAUUUCAUCCAUUGUUUGUUCGAGAACAAUAUAUGAUCUUAUGUAGUCUAUAAUCCAGUUCUUCUGACUGUUCCUAAGGGAUAUAUCGUGAGGCAGAGAGAGCAGUGGGGACUUGACAUAGUUACGGACAUACAGGCGACAGGGUGGUAUAGGCAAAUGAAGAGCACUCAUCUGAGGGGUGACUUGGUUUCCGGUCCAGACUACUGAAUUAAUUCUGUGACCUUUGGUGGGUACCUAACUACUCUGGAAUUCAUCCUGUCAAAUGAGAUGUUUCUGAAUCUUAAAACUUCCUUCCAUUUCUGCUGUUCUAUGAAUCUCAUUUCUAGAAAAUCAUAAGGAAGUACUUUUACCUUUUUGUAGGUGUCUGUUUUUAUCAAUACCCAGAAAACAUUUUUGGUGCAUAUAUCUUACCCUCUUUUGAUCACUUUUUAACUACUGAAAUACUUACUCAGAGGAGCUCUGGUCAGUAUUUCUUUUACUACUUUGACAACUGUUUGGUUUUUGGUUUUUUUUUUUUGUCUUUAAUUUUCCUUUUUUUCUUUUUAACUGUGCCAGGGAUCAAACCAAGGUCUUACGUCUGCAAGGCAUAUAUGCUUUACAGUUAAGCCAGCCUGCCUUGACAGCGGAUCUGACUGGCUAGCCCUUUGUAUGCAGUGAGCAAAUACUCUUCUGGUUUGUAUUUUCUUACUUUCCCCUUUUCUGGACAAAGCAAAUGAAUAUCCUGACUCAUCCCAAAGAACAGGUAGGCAUAAGUAAGAGCACUGACAACAUUUUUAUAAAUUAUAGCGUUGUUAGCAUAAAUAUUUGCUAUAUAGUUUUUUACAUAUGACAAAAGCAGUUGCAAAAUAUGUAUCUUUUUAUAAAGCUGCAUUUAUUGCCACAAUAACUAUAUAGUCAUCUUCGGGGGAAAAUUAACCUUAAAGUUUGGGGAAAAUUCAAGAAAUGUCUGCAGAUAAUUGAUUCAUGGUCUACUUUUUAUGACGACAUCUUAAUGUUUUGUGAAGCUCUUAUUUGUAUCUUUAGGGGAACUACAAAGUAGCUAGGACCAUAUAUACUUGUGGUAUUAUUUUUUUAUGUUGAAUAAUGAUUGAAGGAUGCAUCAAGAACUUAAUUGAUGAACUUGUAUUCAUAAGAUUCCAUUAAAUUAAUAAGCCUACCAGG